AUGACGACCAUGCCAUCUCCGACUAGUCUUGAGAAGCGAAAGCAACCAGACGAGCUUCUUUUCCGCAUGUUCGAAAUCCGAGUGGUCAUGGAGAACACGAUCGCCACCAAUUCGGUUUUUGUUCCAGCGAUUGAAUGUCCGACUAUGGCCAAGAUGUUCGAUGUGGUGAAAUCGAAAGUACCACUGAUCCGUCGCCUAUCCAUCCUCGGCGAGAAGCUAUAUGCCCCGGUCUUCCUGCUUCAAGAAGCAUCACACAAAGUGCAGGCACUGAGAAAGAGAAAGUGGAUCACAACCAACUGGGAAGACAAACUGGGUUUCAACCAACUGGAGGUUGUGCUAUGGAGAAUGGACAAUGCAGCAACUGGUCAGAAUCCGUUGCAUCGUCGUCGCUUUCGCAUGUAUGUCGCUCAGAAGGUCCAGGGUCCAGAGACUUUCAAGUGGGAAGUCCACCCCAAGGACCUAGGCGAUGUCGGCGAGGAGGAUCCCAAGGCAAUUCCCCUAGCCGCCAGUACCGACGAAUGGUUCCCAGAGCGCAAGGAGGUCGAGACCGAAAACGAGACAAUGCAGCGCUCCAAGCGCAAGCGGCCUAACAAGAAAGAUCAAGAUUCAGGAGCAACGGUCGCCCAGCAAGACAAGGACUGUGAAGUGACUGUUGAGGAAGAGACGUCUACUGAGGCCAUAGACCUGGAUGACGUCGAUGACUUCGAGAUCGACCUGGACCUGAACUAUGACGAUGAGGACGGCGGGAGCAAGACAGGCAAGGACUAG